UUACCCCAACGCAAUCGAAUCUAGCCUCUGCAGCCCUGCACGGCUGCACGCCCUCUCCGGCUCUGCAUAAACGUCGCCCAGCUUCCCGCCCGCUCGCCUAUCCGGCGCCCCAAAGCCCCAAACCAUUUGAAAUCACGCCGCGUUGGCGUGUAAUCGACGAUUCGGCGGCGGCGGGGCGGCGAUGGAGGUGGGCGACCUUCACAAGGUGUGGGAGGUCCGUGCGCUCAAGACCAAGCCCGACGCGGCCGCCGCCCGGGCGACGCUCGACCGAGUCGCCAGGCAGGUCCAGCCCAUCAUGCGCCGCCACAAGUGGCGCGUCAAGGUCCUCUCCGAGUUCUCGCCGCGGAACCCGAGGCUGCUGGGGCUCAAUGUCGGCGGCGGCGUCGAGGUCAAGCUGCGGCUGCGGCGCGCCGGCCGUGACCAUGACUUCAUCCCCUACGAGGAGGUGCUCGACACCAUGCUCCACGAGCUCUGCCACAACCAGCGCGGGCCCCACGAUGCGCAGUUCUACAAACUCUGGGACGAGCUCCGCAAGGAAUGCGAAGAACUUGUUUCAAAGGGUAUCACUGGAACAGGACAAGGGUUUGAUGGUACAGGAAGGCGAGUAGGUGGAUUUACAGUACAUCCACCACCACCAUCUCUGCGGCAAGCUACGUUAGCUGCUGCACAGAAGCGGGCAAGGAACGGAGCUCUAUUGCCUUCUGGACCAAGAAAGUUGGGGGGAAACAGUGAAAUUAUGAGUGCACUUAGUCCAGUACAAGCUGCUGCAAUGGCUGCUGAAAGGAGAAUGUAUGAUGAUUUGUGGUGUGGAUCGCAUGAUCAAUCUGGUAUUGAUGAUUCAGAUGAUGUUAUUAUUCUUCAAGAACCGCCAAAUUUGGUGACAAGGGAUGGAAAACACACGAAGGCUAGCUGCUCCAACACUUUUGCAGAGCCCAGCACUUCUUCUGGAAUUCACAUAGCAGCACGAGAUGAUAGGACAAGUGAUGCACUUGAUAGUUCAAAGUGGGAAUGUGGUGCUUGCACUCUUCUUAACCAGCCCCUGGCACCAAUCUGUGAAGUUUGUGGUACAGCAAAACCUAAAAUUGCAAAGGCAAAGUACAUGACUUGGUCUUGUAAAUUUUGUACUCUAGAGAACAGCACUAAGCUUGACAAAUGCUCGGCAUGCGAUCAAUGGAGAUACUCAUAUGGGCCACCUGUAGCCACACAUGGCCCAAGCUAUGAUUGAGGUAACAAUGGAGGCUAAAGUAGUACAGAUGACACUUCUGAGCAGGCAUCUGCUGAAUUGUCGAUAUAAGUUGUCUUAUCUGCAACAGUUCCUGCUCUAUUACCACUCAUAUCAUAUCAGGUUUCAUAGGUCUGGAGAAAUCUGAUACCUGUUAAACUGGUAGUACUACCUAAGCCACCCUCUUUUGUGAACGUUGCUUGGAGCAAUGCACGGAUUUGGUAAAAAAGAAACAAUCGUAGUCCAUGGCUGGUAACGUUUGCCCCAAGCCCGGGGCAUGCAGCCUCUGAGCCCGUGUCUCGCCGUCUCGGUGACAAGUAACAGCUCGCACCUAGGGCACACUGGCGAAUUGGUCUUUAUCUAUUCCGAUGUCGUCUGCUCAUGAUGCAGUUUGGGUGACUGGGUGAGAAAAUUUAUUACAUUAAUGUAAAUGUUAAUACAAGCAUCUGCAAUGCUCUUUUAAAAGAAAUUUGCCUGCUCGUCAGAUCUAA